UUUAUGGUUCUGAGGGACACCAUUGACCCUGCGCUGUCGCUCUUCAGAGCACAGCUGGACAGAAACACAGUCUGAGACCUCAGGACUGUUGAAAGAUUGAUAUUCAGUUGUCGUUUGGAAGAAAAGAUCGAUCAGAAACAUGGAAAGUUUUUAUUCUCUGGAAGCGGAGGAACCCCAGAGCAGGAGUAAAAUUGCAGGAUCACUCAAGUUUGUGUCCGAGGCGCAAGGAGAUGUGUGGAGAGAAGGUGGAGAGGGCAGAUCAGAGCCGUCCUGCUCUCUCAGUGUCAGAAACCUCUCCUACACUGUCAGUGAGCGUGUUGGACCAUGGUGGGACUUAUCCUCCUGCAGGAAGCGGUGGACUCGUCAAAUCCUCAAUGACGUCUCCUUCCAUGUAGACAGUGGGCACAUUAUGGGUAUUCUGGGUAAUUCAGGUUCGGGCAAAACAACCCUGUUGGAUGCCAUUGCUGGUCGGAUUGGAAACGUCGGCACUCUGCUAGGUGAGGUCUUCAUUAAUGGCAGAAAACUCAAGAGAGAAGAAUAUGAGGACUGCUUCUCAUAUGUCUUACAGAGUGAUAACUUGCUGAGUUAUUUGACAGUGGAGGAGACUCUGACUUACACUGCACAGCUGGCACUACAGAAACACUCAGCAGAUGCCAUCAAGAAAAAGGUGUUGGCAGUGAUGGCUGAGCUGAGUCUGAGUCAUGUGGCACACAGUGUUAUUGGAGGUCGAAUUUUCCCAGGGAUCUCUGGCGGUGAGAGACGGAGGGUCUCCAUCGCCAGCCAGUUACUUCAGGAUCCAAGGGUAAUCUUACUGGAUGAGCCAACCACUGGCCUGGACAGCAUGACGGCCAAUCAGAUUGUGGUACUGCUGGCGGAGCUGGCUAAGAGGAACCGCAUCGUCAUUGUGACCAUCCAUCAGCCCCGCUCAGAGCUCUUCAGGGUGUUCAGCAGGAUAGCCAUAAUGAGUCGGGGGGAGCUGGUGUUUUGUGGUCAGCCAGAGGAAAUGGUGGAUUUCUUCAGCCAAUGCGGAUAUGAAUGCCCAGAGUACUGCAACCCUUUUGAUAUCUAUGUUGACUUCACCUCGGUGGACACGCGCAGCAGUGAGAGGGAGGCCGCCACGUUUAAUCGAAUGCACGAGAUCACCUCCGCCUAUCAGAGAUCCGCAAUCUACCAGAACAUGCUGGAGGAAAUGGAGCAGAGCCUGCAGAUAUCAGACAAACCUGCCAUUCCUUUUAAAAACAAAGAGUCCCCCAACGGCGCUGCCAAGCUUGGAGUUUUGGUUAGGCGAACAGUUCGAAACCUUUCCAGAGACAGGAUUGGUGUCGUAAUGCGUCUGUCCCAGAACCUGAUCUACGGUUUCUUCGUAGCCUUCUUUGUCAUACAUUUAGACAUGGAUGUGACCAAGGGUGCAGUGCAGGACCGAAUAGGAAUGAUCUAUCAGUGUGUGGCUGCUUCACCCUACACUGGCAUGCUCAACGCUGUUUCUCUCUUCCCGUCGCUGCGAGCCAUCAGUGAUCAGGAGAGUCAGGAUGGGCUGUACAGUAAAUGGCAAAUGUUCUUGGCCUAUAUCCUCCACAUCCUGCCCUUCAGCAUCCUGAGUGUUGUCAUCUUCAGCUCUUUUAUUUACUGGACAGUAGGGAUGCACCCAGAGACAUGGCGCUUUCUCUGUUUUACUGCUGUGGUUCUUGUUCCACAUGUUGUAGGAGAGUUGUUGACAGUGGUUCUGUUAGGAGUGGUCCAGGACCCUAACAUGGUCAACUCAGGAGUGGCUUUACUCAACAUCGCAGGAAUCCUGGUGGGAUCUGGCUUCCUCAGGAGCACAGAGCACAUGCCGGUGCUGUUCCAGUGGCUUGGUUACCUGACCUUCCAGAAGUACAGCUGUGAACUUCUCAUUGUCACAGAGUUCCACAAUCUGGAGUUCGAUUGCAAUUUAACGAGACCCUUACCAGGAGCUUGCAUGGUCACUACAGGAGAUCAGAUCAUUGACCAGGGCUACCCAGGAGCUUUAUCCCGAUACACACUAGACUUUGUUCUCCUCUACGCCUUCCUUCCUGCUUUGGUUGUGAUGGGAAUAAUCGGCUUCAAGAUCAGAGACAGACUCAUCCGCCACUGAAGCAAAAAAAAAAAACUUUAUGUUUAUUUGGUAAAAAAAAACAAAAAAAUACUUCAGUGAUUUAUAAUGAAGAACAGUUUGUCCUGCUGAUGCUACUGAGCACUUUUCUUUUACGUAAGAAACAAUCUAAAAACUAAUGUUAAAAAGUUUCAACAAUGAAGUCUGUCAGUUCUUCUGAGGUCUUUUCUGUUGAUAUCUUUCCUUAAAGAACUGAAUUCAUCAUACAAAUGUUCCAAACUUUUCCAUCUUACAUUUUUCUUAUAUUAUAAAGCUAUUACAAACAAGAAGCAAAAACGUGUACAUUGUUCUAGUAUUUCUGGUGGCACUUUAUAUUUUUUUAAACUGAACAGUAGUCUUUUCAAAUUAACGAACUCUACCGAUAUCUUGGUUGUAAAAUCGGUUAGAGGUAAUCUCAGCAUAAGGAAAGAAACCGUGUAAACAAAACAAACUAAUUAAAACGUUAAUUUUAAUAUAAUUUCAUACAAUUUAGAUCGACUGACUCAAUUGAAAGAAUGGCAUAAAAGAAGCUCACAAAUAAGUCUAAAGUUCACAGCCUCGAGAAAAGAUGGCAAUGAUUAGACAGUUGGUAGAAUCAAUGUGCUAUGAAAUGUUUGCACCAAUCAAUCUGUGAUUAUCUCUCAAGAAGACAAACCUGCACUGAACGCACCAGUUAAUAUUUCCCAAUACCUGCUUUUACCUCAAAAACAUCAAGUAUAUAAAAUGAUCAAAGGAAAAAAUAUUGUAUAAACAAUAAGUUUCUAUUAAAGAUGUUUUAUUAGUUGAAACUCAUUACAAACUUGGUUUAUGAACAAUUUUAUCAACAGUUGAUUAAAUAGUCAAAUAAUUAUUUCAUAAGUUCUCUGUAUAUUUUAUUGUAACACUUGUGACAGACCACAGGCCAUAUCUCAAAUUAAAAAAAAAGAAAAUGAAA